AUGGAUGUGGAGGCGCUUAAAGCUUUAAAUGGCGACAUUGUCCGAAGUUAUGGAGAACCAGGUAACGCACCUAUCCAAUCGGAGGUGCUCAUGAAAUGUAUGCAAAUGCUCUCUCUGGAAGCUUUAGCUGAUGAAAUCCAUCUCUUUUGUAAUGUCAAUCUACAGCCAAUUGCAGGUCACUCACUUGUGAUGUUUUCCUUUCCUCCAGGUCAGCAUAUUGCAAUGGGAGACACGGUCAAGCAAAGAAUGAACCGGUCACUUUCACAAUGUCCAGAUUGUAUAAGGGGAUUUCAGCGAUGCUUAUCGCAGAUAAGGCUGCGGUUCAUGUUGGUACGUCGAGUUUCCGUCAAUCAUCUCGAACAAUUUCUAGAUAUCAUCAUCAAUUGGAGACUUGAAUGUAUCCAACAGUCUCUUGAUUCGCUGCUGAGUAAUCAGGCAGCAGGGGCCAAUGCAUAUCUUGAAGCAAUUACAAACCCUUCUAUACUUCGAAAGAAUCCAGAAUUUGUGUCCCUUGUUAUGUCAAAGUUAGAUGUGAUCCAUCCACCAUCGUAUCUUACACCAGGUCUCAUAUAUUUGCUAGUGGAGACACCAGAGACCAAUGAUAAGUUAAUUGAAGCAUUUUGGUCGGCACUUGGACAAUCACCAUUGCAGCUUGAUCCGCAGGUCGUUGAUGAGUUUCACCAACAGUCUUACAAACUUCAAGACUCCAGACACUUUUCUCCAGCUCGAAGCAAGAGAUUCUGGAGUAUGGUAUCAUUAUUAGCGGACAAGCUUUCUGCCUCAGAGUUCACAAAGCUUCUUCGGCCAGCUGAUAUCGAGGAAAUGAGUGCACACCACCAAUUGCGCUUUCUGCCAUUGAUUGGGGUUCUCUUCAUGAAUAUAUUGGCUAGUUUAGACGAGCCGUUCCCGCAACUUCUUAUGGUUUUUCCGAAAAUUCUUAAAAUUUAUCCUGUGAGCUUUUGGGACAUCGCAAAAGGGUUUCAUUUCACUCAGAUCUUGGAUGGCAUCCUUGGAAACACUAAUUACCAUCGUCUAUUACGUGAAGCUACAAGGAACCCCCAGACAGCUUACUCCAUGGAUGAUUUGUUGGGUUGGAUGCCAGCGUUUGUUGAUAGUCUAACUCCUUCUCAGAAACAAACUGCUGUCAUAAAGAUUACCGACUUCCUAGUUCUGAUUGAAACAGCUGAGCAGCUGGUAGCUAAUAUCAACUCCGCUAAAAUGCUUGCAAAAUGCUUGGACUUGAGUGGUAUCACUCCCACAACCUCUUCGAGCCAUUUGUUGAAAAUGCGUGAUUCGAGACUGUGCGUUUCCAAACACGCAUCCCAUUUCCUUCUGUUGACAAAGAGAAACACCGGAUACCAAUCCACCGCAAUGAGUCUAAUUUGUCUUUCUUUACAGUAUGACAUUCUUGUGGCAGCCAACAACUCAGCGACACUUGAACGCAAAGAACAUCCUACAUUUUUCGACACUCAAUCACAACUCUGGAAUCUGCUUCUAUCUAUGCCACUUUCCAAUCAGUUCGUGUCGCAACUACUGGAAUGUUUCGAAAACGUUCUGUUCAUCAUAAUUUUUAAAGACAAGAAGAACCAGGAGAUUUCCAAAGAACUCGAUGCAGCCAUAAAGAUUCAUAACAGAGAAGCGCUGACUUUGUGCACUGUUAUCAGUUCUCUUUUGGAGAAGAUGUCUUUGGCAGAUCCCGAGAAAUUACUGCAAAUUCUAAACGAGCCAAUGUGUCUUCUCUCCUUGUGGAAUGCUGUCUUCUGUGUGCAAACAAGCCAGGCAGCACUCAAUUUGGUUUCCCAAGUUUUUGAUUCUGAAGGUCGUUACGAAGCAAUUUUAGAGCUUCUCAAAAACUUGAAUCCAAACUUGAAAGCUAUUAACUCGGCACUAAAAAACAUUACCACUGUGAAAUUUUAUGAGCCUUGUCCAAGAGUGAUGAGAAUAAUGAUGGACGUCAUAAAGGCCCUCACAGACCCCUUGAGUGGCGUAACAACAACAAACAACGCUCUAGCUGAGGAGUGUAGAGAUGAAAUCACACUACUUUGGUCUAAUGCUUGGUCUUUUUUGAUCAUGGUGUAUCAGUCAACGCUAGUAUGGGCUGGAUUCUACCAUCUUCAGGACUUGGUAGAGUUCACUCGUGAUACACUUGAUACCAGUCACCUUUUAUUGGACUCAUUUCGUACAUUGUCUGAGCUUUUCAGCGACGAUAAGGACGAGCAAGCUGCUCUUUUCUCUGUAUUCAUGAAUGCAUUCAAUCAUGUGAUUGUUUGGCUCAGAUUAGGGGACCCUUCUCUCUUGAACUCUUGCUUGAGUUUAGUAUUCAAAGGUUUUGAUCUUGCUAAAGAAAUGAAUGUUGUCGUUGACAGAUCCUUCAUUUCCAACUUCGCCAAGUACGGUGCAAAGGCCAAGAAGUUCAAUAACAAACUUACAGAACAACAAAGGCUGGAGGUCCUCGCCAAGGCUAGUGAGUUCGAUCCCACACUUGUCCAGUUCAUUAUUGACGAUACGGCAAGAGAAAGAAAAGGAGCAACUGCAAGCUCUGUGGCUGCUGGCUCACGGGCUUCACCUUCAGUAAGUCCUGGUGCAACAUACGCAUACCAGACAAGAAAGCCCCAAAUUAAGCAACUGACGUUAGCAAGAUUUGGUGUGGUCACCAAUGAGGCUCCUGUUGCUCCACCACCACCAAAGCCGUUCAAAUCGAAUAAUAUGGAGGCUAUCAGAAGUGAAUUGAAGAACAAACGAGCUCCGCUGGCUGCACCACUUAACCCUGCCCCAGCAAGACCAGCCGGAUUCAACCUGAAACCAACUGCUGUUGGCCGCUCUUUGAAUCAAUUGAAGCACCGCAAACCGGAAUCGGACUCUUCUGAAGACGAAGAGGAUGUUGACGUGUCCGAUUUGUUCCUAGAAUCAAAGAAGAAAAGCAAAAUCACGGAACUUGAUAUUAAUGGACGGCCCGUUGUCAAAAUAGCUGCAAGCAAAAAAAUUGACCAAAAGCGUUUGGAAGAGGAGAGGAUGCGUUUGCGUUUGAAUGUGAACCUUAAACCCCUCUAUUCCACUAUUCUAAAGUGGAACUAUACUAGCAACAGCAACUAUCCUACCGAUGACAGAUCAAUAUAUCAUCCAAUCAAGGACAAGUAUGCAAAUGCGAAGGAAUACACUGCCAUGAUCGAACCUUUAUUAAUGUUAGAAUGCUGGCAAGGUAUUCAAUCUUCUCGUGUUACGGGACAAGAGCUUCCAUUCGAGCUUCUCAUUGGAAGUAGAACCACAUGCGAUGGGUUUUUUGAUGUUUACACUUCCAUCAAAAAGACUGACCUAAUCAACAGAAAAAUUGGAGAUACAGACCUUUUGGUACUUGGCUACACUCAAGAUAAGGGUAUCACCGACCCAAAGGAUAUAUCAAGAUAUUUGAAGAACGAGAAUACUCAAACCUGUUUGGCCAAGGUUAGAGAAGUCAAGUUUGUUAAUCCAGACUACAGUGAUUUGACACUCCGUGUGUAUCCACAGGGAUCCAUGAUGGGUCUUUUGACUCCUAAAUCCGUAAUAGUUGCUAUGAAGGUAAUGCAAAUGACGACGAUGGAGAGAGAAUUCUCCUCUCUCAAAGGAUUGCAAUAUUAUGAUUUGUGCGAUGAGAUUGUCAAAGCUCAACCAGCCGUACCAGUUGAUAUUUCAGACGAUAAUGCUAGGGAAAUUUGCAGAACUUUCAAUGUGAAUGUAUCACAAGCUAAAGCUAUUUUGGGAUCCCAUCUGAACGAAGGUUUCUCAUUAAUUCAAGGUCCUCCAGGUACGGGAAAAACCAAAACGAUCUUGGGUAUCGUAGGACAUUUCUUAAGCAAAUCUUCAAAAGCAAAUGUGAUCGAGGCUCCUACUACAAUGGGCCUGCUCAACUCCAAAACUGGAUCCCCUGAAGAGAGUACUGGGCCGAAAGUAUUGCUUUGUGCACCCAGUAAUGCUGCAAUCGACGAAUUGGUUGUACGUUUGAAAGAUGGUGUUUUUAACGCUUCCGGAAAGAAAUUUAUUCCCAAAAUCGUACGUUUGGGUCGUUCAGAUGCCUUGAAUCCAGCUGUGAAGGAGUUUGGACUCGAAGAGCUCGUCGAUCGCCAAUUACAAGUCAGGACAAAUGAAGUUUCAAUUGAUCCUAACAUCCGACUGCAGCAUAAUGAAUGUAUCGCUGAGCGUGAUCGAUUGAGAAAAGAACUCAAAAACGAAUCAUUGACAGAUGAGGAAAUAUUGUCACUUGAAGCACAGUUGAGAGAGGUUAGUAAGAAGAGAGGAGAACUUGGAAAAAAACUAGAUGAGCAGAGAGAAAAAGCAUCUAUCGCACAUCGUACGAGGGAGAUUGAGAAACGACAAGCACAAGCCAAGAUCCUCUCUGAGGCUCAGGUAAUUUGUUCCACUUUAUCAGGAUCUGCUCAUGAUUUCUUACUGAGUAUGUCAAUGAAAUUUGAUCAAGUUAUUAUUGAUGAGGCAUGCCAAUGUGUGGAGUUGUCUGCUAUAAUUCCAUUGAGAUAUGGUUGCAAGAAAUGUAUCAUGGUUGGAGAUCCUAAUCAAUUGCCGCCAACAGUCUUGUCGCAAGCUGCUGCGUCUUACAACUACGAGGAGAGUCUCUUUGUCAGAAUGCAACGUAACAGCCCCAAGUCGGUGUAUUUGUUAGAUGUGCAAUAUCGUAUGCACCCUGAGAUCUCCAAAUUUCCGAGUGCCGAGUUUUACCAUUCUAGAUUGUCUGAUGGUGAAGGCAUGUUUGAGAAAAAUGACAGACCUUGGCAUAAAGAGUAUCCUUUGACUCCGUAUCAUUUUUUUGAUAUCGUCAGUAGACAUCAACAAAGUGAUCAAACGAAGUCUUUCUUCAACGCUCAGGAAGCUAAGGUUGCAAUCGAGCUAGUUGAGAACCUCAUGAAGAUUUUGCCUGAUAACAAGUUCAAAGGCAGAAUCGGUGUCAUUUCUCCAUAUAAGGAGCAAAUCAGAACACUUCGGGACCUCUUUCAACGCAAAUGGGGAAGGAAUAUUUUAAGUGAGAUUGACUUUAACACUGUGGAUGGAUUCCAAGGUCAGGAGAAAGAGAUCAUCAUCAUGUCAUGUGUCCGUGCAAGUCCUACUGGAAGCGUUGGUUUCUUAAGUGAUAUCCGACGUAUGAAUGUGGCUCUCACUCGUGCACGUACGACAUUAUGGAUAUUGGGCAACAAGGCUUCUUUGAAGCGUGACAAGAUCUGGAAUAAGUUGAUUAGUGACGCUGAAUCAAGAAACUGUGUUACAUCAGUCCAACCAGGUUUCAUGAACAAUCCUAGUAUGCGACGCCAAAUUGAAGCCGCCAGAGAAAUAGCGGUUGAGGAGGAGCUGAAAAAGACAAGUCAAGAGACAUCUUCUGCUGGUACUCCAGAGGAUUGCGAAUUGAAUGAAUCUACGAAAUUAUCUGUUGCAGACUCAUUGAUCGAGCAGCAAAAUUCUUUAAAAGAAAGUGAAACACACCCUGCUAAGAGGGUCGUCCAGUCUCCAGAACCUCCAAACACGAAGAAGCCACGUAUUUCCCUGAUAGGUAACUCUGGCAAGACUCAUUUGUCGUCAGCUCGAGGAGAUGGGAGUAAGCCCAAAAACAAAGUACACAAGAAAGGUGUUUAUAUUCACCACGCGUCUAGUCUGAACGCUCAGUCACCAGCUCAAGAAUCUAUUCCUCCUCAAAGAAGUCAUCAGGGCCAAGGGACAUAUCCGCCUCGUGGUGGUACUACCAGCUCAAAUCAAAAUGGACAAGGAAGGGGACUUGGAAAAGCUAGCGGAAGAGAGGUGUCAGCCGAUCGUAGAGCACACCGUGGACAUGGUAACUUAACCAGUCAGCAAACCCCAAAUUCGGAAGGGACUCCAGAAGCCACCAAUAGUGGAUACUACAAGCCACCACCAAAUCGUGGUAAAAGUUCAAGCAUAUUUAUCAAAAGACCACGGCCCCAAAACAGGCCAUAG